AUGUCUGAACUAUCUGGUCAAUGUGAAGAUGAAUUAUGUUUAAAAGAAUCUAGUCCUAUAUCAAUACGUGUAUUUCCAUGUUUAUAUCAUUGUAAAAAAAUGUUAUGUAUCAAACAUUUAUCUGAACAUGAUAAAUAUAUUGAAAAACAAAUACAAUUUCAAAAACAAUUAGAAGAGUUAUGGAAUAAUUAUAUUUCAAUAUUUAAUGAAGAUAAAAUACAAAAAGAAUUUCAAAAAUUAAAAAUUAAACUUGAAAAUUAUCAAAAAUUAAGUAAAGAUAUUAAGAAUUUAUUAUUAAUUAAUCAUUUUCAUGAUUCAAUGGAGAAUAAUCAAAAACUUCAAAUGGCUAUUGAAACAGUACAGAAAGCUAUUGAACAAGAAAAUCGAUCAAAAUCAAUUAUUUGUGAUAUUCAUCCAAAAAUCGAAUCAGUUAUGAAUGAUGAAGAAGAAAAUCAAGCAGCUAUCGAUUAUGGUUCUGAAACCAUCGAGUCUUUUCCUUCAAUAUUGAAUGCUGAUGGAAAUUCACCUCCAACGGAACAAGAGAACGAAUAUUUGCAACUCACUGACGAAUCUGAUGGUUAUAGAAAUUCAAUUGAAUUAGAAAAUGAAGAUAAUACAAUGGAAGAUAGUUCACUUAGAGAUGAAAGUAAUGAAACACCAAAAAGAAAUCUUAGUGCAUCAAAAAUACGUGGUUAUUGUCCAUUAACACAAGAUGGUGUCUUUGGUAUUAAUUGUCAUUUACAUGGAAUAAAUUUAUGUUCAAGAAAAUCUCAUAACAAUCAACGUACAUAUCGUUUACACGAACAUUUUCUUCGUGUUCAUCAUUUAACUUCAUUAGCAUCACUUACACUUGCUCGAGCUAUUCAUUCAGGCCAAGAUCCAAUGACAACACAAUUAUUUAAUGAUAAUCAUAUUAUUUUAAAUAUUGACGAAUUACGUACAGUUUUUUGUCCAAUAAAUAAACCUUUUAUAAAUUAUCCAUUACUUCAUAUAGUUAAUUCACCAUGUGAUACAAUCAAACAAGUACGACAUCUUAAAGAUCAUCUUAAACGUGUACAUAAAUUUACAAAUAAAGCAGCUAAUAUUAUUAUUAAAGCAGUGAAAGCUGAUGCACCAAUACAUAAAAUUCAAUUUCCACGAUGGAUUGAUAUUAUUGAAGAUGAUUAA